CUUUAUUAAGUCUUUGUUGGGGACUAGAAAUCCGGCUGACUCCUUUCGUGGGGCGGGGACUGUAACUGUUAAGUCAUCUGUGGGUAUAACUUCAUCUCCGUAUAGCUCCUUUCCAGCACAUCACUGAGACCAUGCUGAUUCUUUUUUCUUCAGUGAUCCACUGUAGGUGUGCCAAGUGUUUCUGUUAUCCUACAAAGCGGAGAAUAAGAAGAAGACCCAGAAACUUAACCAUCUUGAGUCUCCCAGAAGACGUGCUCUUUCACAUCCUGAAAUGGCUCUCUGUUGGGGACAUCCUUGCUGUGCGAUCUGUGCACUCCCACCUCAAGUACCUGGUGGACAACCAUGCCAGUGUGUGGGCAUGUGCCAGCUUUCAAGAGCUGUGGCCUUCUCCAAGGAACCUGAAGCUCUUUGAAAGGGCUGCUGAAAAGGGAAAUUUUGAAGCUGCUGUGAAACUAGGCAUUGCGUACCUCUACAAUGAAGGCUUGUCUGUGUCUGAUGAGGCCCGCGCAGAAGUGAAUGGCCUGAAAGCCUCUCGCUACUUUAGUCUCGCUGAGCGACUGAAUGUCAGUGCCGCACCUUUCAUCUGGCUCUUCAUCCGCCCUCCGUGGUCAGUGUCUGGAAGCUGCUGCAAGGCCGUGGUUCACGAGAGCCUCCGGGCAGAGUGCCAGCUACAAAGGACUCACAGAGCGUCCAUACUGCACUGCUUGGGGAGAGUACUGAAUCUUUUUGAGGAUGAAGAGAAAAAGAAGCAGGCUCGUGAACUGUUUGAAGAGUCUGCUAAUCAGGGAUGUUUGACCAGCUCGUACCUCCUCUGGGAAAGUGACAGAAUGACGGAUAUGUCUGAUCCUGGACGGUGCCUCCACAACUUCCGGAAACUCAGGGACUAUGCUGCCAAAGGCUGCUGGGAAGCCCAGCUGUCUUUAGCCAAAGCCUGUGCAAAUGGAAACCAGCUUGGCCUAGAAGUGAAAGCAUCCAAUGAGAUAGUCUGCCAGCUCUUUCAGGCUUCCCACGCUGCUAAUAAGCAGAAGGUCUUUUCCGUGCAGAAGGGACUCAACGACACGAUGAGGUACAUUCUGAUCGACUGGCUGGUAGAAGUUGCUACCAUGAAGGACUUCACAAGCCUAUGCCUUCACCUGACAGUGGAGUGUGUGGACCGAUACCUACGGAGGAGGCUGGUGCCCCGAUACAGGCUCCAGCUGCUGGGCAUUGCCUGCAUGGUCAUCUGCACUAGGUUCAUCAACAAAGAGAUCUUGACAAUCCGGGAAGCCGUGUGGCUCACCGACAAUACGUACAAGUAUGAGGACCUGGUGAGGAUGAUGGGAGAGAUCAUUUCUGCCCUGGAAGGGAAGAUUCGAGUCCCUACUGUGGUCGAUUACAAGGACAUCUUGCUGACGCUGAUCCCUAUGCCACCAAGAACCCAGCACCUGUGCAGCUUCCUCUGCGAGCUCUCCCUACUGCACACCAGCCUGGCCGCCUACUCCCCAGCACGCCUGGCCGCAGCCGCCCUGCUGCUAGCAAGGUUGACACAUGGGCAAACACAGCCCUGGAGCACUCAACUGUGGGACCUCACCGGGUUCUCCUGUGAAGACCUCAUACCCUGUGUCUUGAGUCUUCACCAAAAGUGCUUCCAUGAUGACGUCCCCAAGGACUAUAGACAAGUCUCUCUGACUGCCGUGAAACAGCGAUUUGAGGACAAGCGUUACCAAGAGAUCAGCCAGGAAGAGGUGCUGAGCUACAGCCAAGUGUGUGCAGCUCUAGGAGUGAAACAAGAGAGCCCGGAACCCACGUCUUUCCUCAGCUCAGGGGACAUUCACACCUUCCUUAGCUCUCCUUCCGCAAGGAAAACCAAGAGGAAGCGAGAGAACAGCCUCCAAGAGGACAGGGGCAGUUUCGUCACCACCCCCACCGCAGAGCUAUCCAGCCAGGAAGAGACGUUACUGGGCAGCUUCCUGGAGUGGAACCUGGACUACUGCUCCGGCUACGAGGGCGACCAGGAGAGCGAGGGCGAGAAGGAAGGUGAUGUGACAGCUCCAAGCGGUGUCCUUGAUGUCACUGUGGUGUACCUCAAUCCCGAACAGCACUGUGGCCAGGAAUCUAGCGAUGAGGAGGCCUGCCUGGAGGACAAGAGAUGCCAGGACCUGCACGCCAUGGUGCCAAGCACCCAGACACCUCUGGCCCUAGGGCCCACGCCCCCUCUCUGUGGCAGCAGGGAACUGGGCAAGGACAUUACAACCUCAGGGUACUCCUCCGUCAGCAGCGUGAGUCCUACAAACUCCGUGAAUGGCGGCCCUCCCCAAUCUACCUCAGCACAUUCCCCAGGCAGUGACUUGAGCACACUGCAUUGCCAUCAUCAUGCCAGGAAGUCGUGUUUACAGUGUCGUCCCUCAAGUUCCCCAGAGAGCAAUGUUCCCCGGCAAGAGGUGAAAAGGAAAAACCUAUCUGCCCCCAGCAAGGAGGAGCAGGACACGAACUUGGGCUUCCUGGAGCUGUGAGUGUGUUAGUGUUUGCUGCAGUGAAUGUUUGCAGAGAGAGAGCUGCUGCUGCACUAGAAGUGGGAGCACUGGAGAUGAAUGAUGUGUAGACCCCAGUGGCCUCAAAUGGGGAACAGAGAACUUAGGAAGGGCACUGAGUGUCUUUCACCAGGCGAGUCCCAUUCCAGCUAUCAGAAUGUCUAAAUCAGAACAAAAACUCAGAUCCUUCUCUUUGAAAAGUUUCACCUCAAAGCAACACUGUGUGAAGCCUAUUUCUCUGUGCUCCCCUGUGUCUGUCCUGCUUUCUCUUUGGGAAGCUUAAGCCCAUGGCCUGACAACCCCAACCCCACUGAACCCUCAUCACAGUAGUGACAGCUUUCACAACCUGGAACACGUGAUCCAGGUAGCCUGGCACAGCUUCUCCACUCCCUCCAUCUCUCUGGUUUUAGGUUCUAGGGCAGAGGUCCUCAAACUACGGCCCGCGGGCCACAU